AUGGCAUGGACCGUGACCCCAACCAGCGCAGGCAAACUCAGCAUGCCUCUGCUGUCCGGAUUGCCUGUGUCGAGCCCGGGGCAGACAGUGCUCUUGGAGGAGGAGGAGGUCCUCACGAGUUGCAAACAGCAUGGGUGGCGCCUGCACCUGGAUGGCGACGACCUUGCGGAGGUGGAGGACCGCGGAAGAAGGAAUGAGGGUGGGCCGUGCCAGCGCAAGGUUGGCGCAAGGAAGAUAUAUGCCGACGCUGUAGCUGCUAUGGAUGAGGCUGUCAGAUUCCCGCCAUGCAGCUCUGCCUUAUGGCCGUGUCAUCCAGCAAACUAA